AUGUCGGGCAUGCCCCCGCCGCCUUCGCCUGGCUGGGGAUCUGGCCCUCCACCCCCUUCUUCAAGCUGGGGAUCUACGCCUCCUCCUCCUCCUCCUCCUCCUCCUCCGCCUCCUCCUCCGCCUCCAUCGUUGCUACCAUCUCCUCCUUCAACUCCCGCGCCGCCGCCGCCGCCACCACCCCCUGGCUUUCACCCUCCCUCUGAUCCUCGGAUCGCGAAGUUUGCGCAGAAAAAAAGAGAAUGGCUGACCGACCGCCGAAGAAGAUUCGGAGAAAAGCGAAAGGCCGGCUUCGUUCAAACUCAGAAGACUGACAUGCCUCCGGAGCACCUCAGAAAAAUCGUCAAAGACAUCGGAGACGUCUCUCAGAAAAAAUACACAAACGAUAAACGGAGCUAUCUCGGCGCGCUGAAGUUCAUGCCACACGCAGUCUUGAAGCUGCUUGAGAAUAUGCCCAUGCCCUGGGAAUCAGCUCGUGAAGUCAAAGUUCUCUACCACGUCAACGGAUGUUUGACGUUGGUCAAUGAAACUCCGCGUGUCAUUGAGCCUGUCUUCUUCGCACAGUGGGCCAUGAUGUGGACGUUCAUGAGGAAAGAGAAGGCUGAUAGAAGGCUGUUCAAGCGUAUGCGAUUUCCGCCGUUCGACGAUGAGGAACCACCUUUAUCCUGGUCAGAAAACAUCGAAGACGUUGAGCCUCUGGAGCCUAUUCAGAUGGAGCUGAAUGAAGAUGAAGAUGAAGCUAUAUAUGAAUGGUUCUAUGACCACCGCCCGCUUCUGGAUACGUCGCAUGUCAAUGGACCAAGCUACAAGACUUGGAAUCUGUCGCUGCCGCAAAUGGCUGCACUAUUUCGCCUCAGUCGGCCUUUGAUUUCCGACGUCGUGGACAAGAACUACUUUAAUCUCUUCGACCUCAAAAGCUUCUUAACUGCCAAGGCUCUCAAUGUUGCACUACCAGGUGGGCCUCGCUUCGAGCCGCUGUACAAAGACAUCGACCCAAACGAAGAGGACUUUGGCGAGUUUAAUGCUAUCGAUCGCAUCAUCUUCCGCACUCCAAUUCGAACCGAAUUUCGCGUCGCCUACCCCUUUUUAUAUAAUUCACUGCCGAGAAGUGUGCACCUCACCUGGCACUCGUAUCCCCAGAUUGUGUUCAAUCGUGCAGACGACCCCGAUCUUCCAACUUUCCUCUUUGACCGAAGAAUCAACCCCAUCUCUUCUCGAACUGUUGCACCAAAGAACGUCGAGGUCACGUUAGAAGAUGACCUAUUUGGUCCUGGAGGAGACGAAGAGCCCGAAGAUGAAGCCUUUGAAUUACCAGCUGGCGUGGAACCCUUCCUGGCUAAUGAGGAGCUCGAAAACGAGUACACAUCGUCUGCUAUCGACCUGUGGUGGGCACCUUUUCCCUUUAAUAGGAGAUCCGGAAAGAUGGUUCGUGCUCAAGAUGUAACACUGAUUAAGCAGUGGUACCUCGAGCAUCCUCCUUCAGAUAAACCACCUGUCAAAGUCCGAGUAUCAUAUCAAAAGCUGCUCAAGAACUUCGUCCUCAAUGAGCUGCAUAAGAAGAAGCCUGAUGCACACAACAACCAGAACUUGUUGCGGUCUCUUAAGCAAACCAAAUUCUUUCAACAAACGACAAUCGACUGGGUUGAAGCUGGCCUUCAAGUUUGUCGACAAGGCUUCAAUAUGCUCAACCUUUUGAUUCAUCGAAAGAACCUGACAUAUCUGCACUUGGAUUACAACUUCAACUUGAAGCCUGUGAAAACUCUUACCACCAAAGAGCGAAAGAAAUCGCGAUUUGGCAAUGCCUUUCACCUUAUGCGUGAAAUUCUCAGAUUGACGAAGCUUAUUGUGGACGCCCAAGUCCAAUACCGCCUAGGCAACAUUGACGCCUUCCAGCUCGCCGACGGCAUUCACUACGCAUUCAACCACGUUGGGCAAUUGACCGGAAUGUAUCGGUACAAGUACAAGCUUAUGCAUCAGAUUCGAACAUGCAAGGACUUGAAACACUUGAUUUAUUACCGCUUCAAUUCCGGUCCAGUUGGCAAGGGUCCCGGCUGCGGUUUCUGGGGCCCAUCUUGGAGGGUCUGGCUCUUCUUCAUGAGGGGGAUCAUUCCCUUGCUUGAAAGAUGGCUGGGAAAUCUCUUGUCUCGCCAGUUCGAGGGUCGACACAGCAAGGGUGUUGCCAAGACCGUGACCAAACAACGAGUCGAAUCUCACUUCGACCUCGAGUUGCGUGCAUCCGUCAUGGCCGAUCUCAUGGACAUGAUGCCAGAAGGCAUCAAGCAAAACAAGGUCAAUACCGUGCUCCAGCACCUAUCCGAAGCUUGGCGUUGCUGGAAGAGCAACAUUCCCUGGAAAGUCCCAGGGUUACCGGCACCUGUUGAGAACAUUAUUCUUCGUUACGUGAAAUCCAAGGCUGACUGGUGGAUUUCCGUCGCCCACUACAACCGAGAACGCAUCCGUCGCGGGGCUACCGUCGACAAAACGGUCGCAAAGAAAAACGUUGGUCGGUUAACUCGACUGUGGCUCAAAGCCGAGCAAGAGCGACAGCACAAUCACAUGAAGGAUGGACCCUAUGUUUCGUCCGAAGAAGCUGUUGCCAUCUAUACAACCACUGUGCACUGGCUAGAAUCUCGCAAAUUUUCACCCAUUCCAUUUCCCAGCGUUUCUUACAAGCAUGACACAAAGAUCCUGAUCUUGGCUUUGGAGCGACUGCGGGAGGCAUAUUCCGUUAAGGGCCGGUUGAACCAGAGUCAGCGCGAAGAACUUGCACUGAUUGAGCAGGCCUAUGAUAGUCCAGGCACAACACUGGAGCGAAUCAAACGUUUCCUUUUGACCCAGCGAGCUUUCAAAGAGGUCAACAUUGACAUGAACGACAAUUACAGCACCAUCAACCCCGUCUACGACAUCGAACCCAUUGAAAAAAUCAGCGAUGCAUACUUGGAUCAAUACCUGUGGUAUCAAGCGGAUCAGCGCCACUUGUUCCCUGCUUGGAUCAAGCCAUCAGAUUCCGAAGUUCCCCCACUGCUGGUGUACAAGUGGGCUCAGGGAAUCAACAACCUGAGUCAAGUUUGGGAGACGUCAGACGGUGAAUGCAACGUGAUGGUGGAGACGGAGCUCUCCAAAGUUUAUGAGAAGAUGGAACUGACCCUGCUCAAUUCCCUCCUCAGACUCAUCAUGGAUCACAACCUCGCGGAUUAUAUCACAGCAAAGAACAAUGUUCAGCUGACAUAUAAGGAUAUGAACCACGUGAAUAGCUACGGAAUGAUACGUGGUCUCCAAUUCUCGGCAUUCGUGUUCCAAUACUAUGGUCUGGUCUUGGAUUUGCUGUUGCUAGGUCCCCAGCGAGCCAGUGAGAUCGCCGGUCCUCCUCAGAGCCCCAAUGACUUUCUCCAGUUUCGGGAUAGAGAAACAGAAACUAGACACCCGAUCAGGCUGUACAGCCGUUACAUUGACAAGAUCUGGAUCUUCUUGCGUUUCACUGCGGAGGAAUCCAGGGAUCUCAUUCAGCGAUUUCUUACCGAGCAACCUGAUCCCAACUUUGAGAACGUCAUUGGGUACAAGAGCAAGAAGUGCUGGCCAAGGGAUUCCCGAAUGCGCCUGAUGAGGCACGAUGUGAACUUGGGCCGAGCCGUCUUCUGGGACUUGAAAAACCGUCUACCGCGAUCUGUUACAACGAUUGACUGGGACGAUAGUUUUGUCAGUGUCUACAGUCGAGAUAACCCGAACUUGCUCUUCUCCAUGUGUGGCUUCGAAGUGCGAAUUCUACCCAAGAUCAGGAACCAGAAUGACGAAUUUGCUGUCAAAGACAGUGUUUGGUCUCUGGUCGACAACACCACCAAGGAGAGGACGGCACAUGCCUUUUUGCAAGUUACUCAAGAAGACAUUCAAAAGUUCAACAAUCGAAUUCGGCAGAUCCUCAUGUCCUCGGGCUCGACAACAUUCACCAAGAUUGCAAACAAAUGGAACACGGCUCUUAUUGCUCUCUUCACCUAUUACCGCGAGGCCGCCGUCUCGACCGUGGACCUGCUUGAUACCAUUGUCAAGUGCGAGACCAAAAUACAAACUCGUGUCAAGAUUGGUCUCAACUCCAAGAUGCCCUCCAGGUUUCCCCCUGCCGUCUUUUAUACCCCGAAGGAACUUGGAGGAUUGGGCAUGAUUUCAGGCUCGCACAUUCUCAUUCCUGCCAGCGACAAGCGGUGGUCCAAGCAAACAGAUACCGGAGUCACCCACUAUCGCUCUGGUAUGACACACGAUGAGGAGACUUUAAUUCCCAACAUCUUUCGCUACAUUAUCCCCUGGGAGGCUGAGUUUAUAGACUCUCAACGUGUUUGGACCGAAUACUCGCAGAAGCGUCUUGAAGCCAACCAGCAGAACCGUCGCUUGACGUUGGAGGACCUGGAAGAUAGCUGGGACAGGGGUUUGCCCAGAAUCAACACCCUGUUCCAGAAGGACCGCAGCACCCUCAGCUUUGAUAAAGGGUUCCGUGCCAGAUCCGAGUUCAAGAUUUAUCAGUUGAUGAAGAGCAAUCCAUUCUGGUGGACAAGUCAGCGACACGACGGCAAGCUCUGGAACCUGAACGCUUACAGAACCGAUGUCAUUCAGGCCCUCGGAGGUGUCGAGACGAUUCUGGAACACACGCUGUUCAAGGCCACCGGAUUCCCGUCUUGGGAGGGACUCUUUUGGGAAAAAGCGAGCGGCUUUGAAGAUUCGAUGAAAUUCAAGAAGUUGACCAAUGCCCAGAGAUCUGGUCUGAAUCAAAUUCCCAACCGUCGCUUCACGUUGUGGUGGUCGCCAACCAUCAACCGUGCAAACGUGUACGUUGGGUUCCAAGUGCAACUCGAUCUGACGGGUAUUUUCUUGCACGGAAAGAUUCCCACCCUCAAGAUAUCGCUGAUUCAGAUCUUCCGCGCCCACUUGUGGCAGAAAAUCCACGAGUCUGUAGUCAUGGACCUUUGUCAGGUGUUUGACCAGGAACUCGAGUCUCUUGGUAUCGAGACGGUGCAGAAGGAGACAAUCCACCCUCGAAAGUCGUACAAGAUGAACAGCUCUUGUGCCGACAUUCUCCUCUUUGCGAGCCAUAAAUGGAACGUCACGCGCCCUUCUGUUCUGUUUGACACGAAAGAUGUCAUCGAGCCCACCACAACCAACAAGUUUUGGAUUGAUGUGCAGCUUCGGUAUGGCGACUACGAUUCCCAUGAUAUUGAGAGAUAUACGCGUGCCAAGUACCUGGACUACACCACAGACAGUUCCAGCAUCUACCCUUCAGCAACCGGAUUGAUGAUUGGCAUCGACUUGGCGUACAACCUGUACUCUGCUUACGGCAUGUAUUUCCCGGGCUUGAAGGUGCUCAUUCAGCAGGCCAUGGCCAAGAUCAUGAAGGCCAAUCCGGCGCUGUAUGUCCUGCGUGAGCGUAUCCGAAAGGGCCUGCAGCUCUAUGCCUCUGAGAGCAAUCAGGAGUUCCUCAACUCUCAGAAUUACUCUGAACUGUUCAGCAACCAGACGCAGCUUUUCAUCGACGACACCAAUGUGUACCGCGUGACAAUUCACAAGACUUUUGAGGGCAAUCUGACAACCAAGCCCAUCAACGGUGCCAUUUUCAUCUUCAAUCCCCGAACCGGGCAGCUGUUCCUCAAGAUCAUCCACACCAGUGUUUGGGCCGGGCAAAAGCGUCUCGGGCAGUUGGCCAAAUGGAAGACGGCCGAAGAAGUCGCGGCUUUGAUCCGAUCGCUACCAGUGGAGGAACAGCCCAAGCAGCUCAUUGUUACGAGGAAGGGCCUGCUGGAUCCUCUUGAAGUCCAGCUGGUUGACUUCCCCAACAUUUCCAUCCGCGCCUCUGAGCUGCAGCUCCCAUUCCAAGCUGCGAUGAAGGUGGAGAAGCUGGGCGACAUGAUUCUGAGAGCGACCGAACCUCAGAUGGUGCUGUUCAACCUUUACGACGAGUGGCUGAAGAGCAUUUCGUCCUACACUGCAUUCUCGCGUCUGAUUUUGAUCUUGCGUGCUCUUCAUGUCAACCCUGACAAGACGAAGCUGAUCCUGCGACCGGACAAGACGGUCAUUACGCACGAGCAUCACAUUUGGCCGUCGCUGCCCGACGAAGGGUGGAUCAAGAUUGAGACGCAGCUCCGCGACUUGAUCUUGAACGAUUACGGCAAGAAGAACAACGUCAACGUGUCCAGCUUGACGAGCAGCGAGGUUCGCGACAUCAUUUUGGGCAUGGAAAUCUCGGCACCCUCGAUGCAGAGGCAGCAGGCCGCGCAGAUUGAGAAGCAGCAGCAAGAGCAGGCACAGCUCACCGCCGUCACGACCAAGACGCAGAACGUGCACGGCGAGGAAAUCAUUGUCACGACGACAUCGCAGUUUGAGCAGCAGACGUUUGCUUCAAAGACGGAGUGGCGCACGCGAGCCAUUGCGACGUCCAACCUACGCACUCGAUCCAAGAACAUGUACGUGUCGUCUGUGGACAAUGACGUGGACGACGUCACGUACGUGAUGCCCAACAACAUCCUCAAGCGCUUCAUCACCAUUGCGGAUCUUCGCGUCCAGGUGGCGGGGUACCUGUACGGCUCAUCCCCCCCGGACAACGGCCAAGUCAAGGAGGUCAAGUGCAUCGUCAUGAUUCCUCAGAUUGGCGGCCUGCGCAACGUGCAGCUUCCGCAGCAGCUGCCCCGCAGCGACUUUCUCGAGGGGAUGGAGCCGCUCGGCAUCAUCCACACCAUGUCUGGCAGCGAGCUUCCGUACAUGUCGGCCGCCGACGUGACGGAGCACGCAAAGCUCCUCGACGCGCAUGACGAAUGGGACAAGACAAACACGGUGACGGUGUCGGUGUCCUUCACGCCUGGCAGCGUUUCCCUGGCGGCCUGGGGCCUGACCCCCCAGGGGUACAAAUGGGGGGCCGAGAACAGGGACCUGCAAAGCGACCAGCCUCAGGGAUUCACGACGACAAUGGGGGAAAAGCGGAAACUGCUGCUGUCCCCGAGAUUCAGGGGCUUCUUCCUGGUGCCCGACGACGGGCGAUGGAACUACAGCUUCAUGGGGAGCACGUUUGCGGGCAUGGAAAAGAAGGCCGUCCACGUCAAGCUGGACACGCCCUUGCCGUUCUACAGCGACCAGCACCGGCCUAUUCACUUUCACAGCUUUGCCGAGCUGGAGGACAUUUGGGUGGAUCGCAACGACAACUUUGAAUAG